AUGCGCCUCCAGUUAUUCAUUGCUUAAGACUUUUUCUGCACAAAACUAGAACCAUACGUUCCAGCAGUCGCAAUCUUCAGCGCCUUUAAGAAUGUUAGAACUCCAUUUCUCUUGAACCUGAGGAGCCAAUGUAUUAAUAUCCUCUUAUACUGGUUCUUGGUUUUCAUUACUUGAGAUAAUUUUCUUACAGUUGGAGCAAAAGAUGAGAUGAAUAACUAUGUAUUAGCAUAGCCAGGCAGGUUAUAUAAUCAUGACGAUCGCGAUAUCAAUGAUACUGCUCUUUGUGGGGAUUGGAAUUCUGGUCCUAAUUCAUGUCUGUAUUGUUGGGAGAGCUUACAGAAGAGGAAUUGGAACUACUAACAUAGUGGAAAGAGGCAGCUUAGCGAGCAACAGCAUGUCCCAUGAGGAUAUAGAAAAGCUUCCUUCCUAUGCUUUUCAGUCCAAAGAUAAGGGAACUAGUCCAGUUGAAUGUGCAGUUUGUUUGGAUAAUCUCAAGGUGGGUGAUAAGUGCAGGUUAUUGCCUCAGUGCAAUCACACUUUUCAUGCUGAAUGCGUGGAUAUGUGGCUCUUGAAAAUCUCCAUUUGCCCAAUAUGCAGAGCUACUGCUGGUGGAUCCAUAUCUGGAGGAGAAAGUAGCCGAUUUAGCGAAAGUGGCAGGCAGGUAAUAAACGCGGAAACUGCUGAAUUAGCAGAGAUGAUAUUGGUACCAGAGAGUGGGAAUUCCGUUAACAGUUUAAACUUUGAGAUGAGAGCGAAUCAUAUAACCCAAAACAGUGUGCAAUUGAGCAGAGUUGGUUCAGCAGAUGGCCAAGAUAGUGAUGUGAAUGUCUACUUAAGUGAAACAAGAAAUGAUUCGAGAGUGAGCCAAGAAGAAAGUGUCCGCGUAAGUGAGAAUUCUACUGAGGAAUUGAGAGCAACACAGCCUAUAGAAAGUAUCCAUUUGGUCCAUGAAGAAAUACUACAAUCAAGAGACCCUCAAACAGCUUGAUUAAGUUAGCUAAUCAGAGUUGACGAAUCAUUUCUGCAUUGCUUUAGAUAAAAUCUUGCUUGAUAUGUAAAUUAUGUGCUUGUUUCGAUUUAUAUAAAAGCUUUUUGUUUG